UGUGUGUGUGUGUGUUGAAUAAAAAAGCAAGGUGCAGAAGAUGGUAUGUUAUAUGCUUACAUUUGAGUAAAAGGGAUGUAACAUUUAUAAAAAAUCUGCUGUUCUAUACAAAACAUUUCUGGAAGAAUACACAUGACAGCACUCGUUUCUCUUGGGAUAAAUAUGCUACACAAUACGGAAAUGAGAAUAAGAACCUACGCCUUCUGUCCGUUUUUAAUUUGGCACACUAGCAACAUACUACCUAUUUAAAAACAAAUGCUCCAUACAUUUAAAAAAGAAAACAUAAAACGUUUGAAGCCAUUGGUGCAGUUUCCGAGAAAACCUCUGGGUGUCGCUGUAGGUCAAAAGAAAAGAGGCCUUAUCCCAGAAGGAUAUGGGAGACUCAGAGGGUAACUUCCUGCUCAGACCAACCACACAAAAGAGACCGGUACAAAUUCACAUACAGAAAACAAAAGAAGGAAAAGGAACCUACUUGGGAUCCAGCCAUCCACGGAGGGUUUAGUCCUCCUACCCGCAAAGGAGCCGCGCAGCGGCGGAAGGAGACAGAGGAUGCGGCUGCGUGCGGCGCGACGCAGCUGGGCAUUCUGGCUGCAGGUACUGUUGCCUUUCCUGCUGUCUUUGUUCUGCCGGGCUCUCCCGGACCAGAUCCGCUACUCCAUUCCCGAGGAGCUGGCCAGGAACUCAGUGGUAGGAAACCUCGCCAAGGAUCUGGGGCUCGGUAUCCAGGACUUGCCGAUCCGGAAGCUGCGGGUUAGCGCAGAGAAGGAAUAUUUCACUGUAAACCCAGAGAGCGGGGAUUUACUUGUGGGUGACAGAAUAGACCGAGAGCAGAUUUGUGGGAAGCAGCCUGUGUGUGUUCUGGAUUUUGAUACUAUCGCUGAAAACCCAUUAAAUAUCUUCCACGUAGCAGUGAUUGUUCAGGAUAUAAAUGACAACACUCCAGUAUUCAAACAGAGUAAGAGUGAUUUAAAAAUUGGAGAAUCUACCAAGCCAGGUAAAGCAUUUCCACUGGAUCCAGCCAUAGAUUCAGAUGCUGGUCCUAAUUCGUUGCAAAGAUACCACCUUAAUGACAAUGAGUACUUUGGUGUCGCAGAGAAACAGACCCCAGAUGGACAUAAAUAUCCUGAGUUGAUUCUGAAACAUUCUCUGGACAGAGAAGAGCAUAGUUUCCACCAACUGGUCCUCACAGCAGUGGAUGGGGGGGACCCACCUCAAAGUGGCACCACCCAGAUCCGAAUCCAAGUCACUGAUGCCAAUGAUAACCCUCCAGUAUUCAGCCAGGAUGUUUACAGGGUCACCCUACGGGAGAAUGUGCCCCUAGGCUUCUCUGUGUUUCAAGUGAUAGCCACCGACCAGGAUGAAGGCGUCAACGCAGAGAUCACCUACUCUUUUCAUAAUGUGGAUGAAAAAGUGGAACGUUUUUUCAACUUAGAUAAAAUAACAGGAGAAAUCACGACAAAGAGUAAUUUGGAUUUCGAAAUUGCUAAUAGUUACUCUCUGCGUGUAGAAGCAAAAGAUCCUGGAGAUUUAGCAUCCCACUGCAGUGUCCAAGUCGACAUUCUCGAUGAGAAUGAUUGCGCACCCGAAGUGAUUGUGACUUCAGUAUUUACUCCCCUACCAGAAGAUUCACCACCAGGAACAGUAAUCGCCUUGAUAAAAACCAGAGACAGAGACUCUGGAGAAAACGGGGAAAUUUACUGCCACGUUUUGGGAAAUACAGAGUUUGUGCUGAAAUCGUCCUCAAAGAACUAUUACAAGCUAGUGACAGAUAAGGCUCUAGAUCGGGAGGAGAUCCCGGAAUACAAUCUCACCAUCACAGCCACCGACAGGGGCAAGCCGCCUCUCUCCUCUACAAUAAGCAUCACCUUGCACAUAUCAGACGUUAAUGAUAACGCCCCAGUUUUCCACCAGACCUUCUACAUGGUCCAUGUGGCUGAGAACAACCCACCUGGGGCCUCCAUCGCUCAAGUUAGUGCCUCUGACCUUGACUUGGGCCCAAAUGGCCAAGUCUCCUACUCCAUCAUAGCCAGUGACCUGGAGCCAAGGGCGCUGUCAUCCUACGUGUCCGUGGGCGCGCACAGCGGGGUGGUGUUCGCGCAGCGCGCCUUCGACCACGAGCAGCUUCGCUCUUUCCAGCUGACACUGCAGGCCCGCGACCAGGGCUCACCCGCGCUCAGCGCCAACGUGAGCCUGCGUGUGCUGGUGGACGACUACAAUGACAAUGCGCCAAGGGUCCUGUACCCCUCGCUGGAGCCUGAUGGCUCAGCGCUCUUCGAUAUGGUGCCGCGCACCGCAGAGCCAGGCUACCUGGUCACCAAAGUGGUGGCGGUGGAUGCCGAUUCAGGACAUAAUGCCUGGCUAUCCUACCAUGUGCUUCAGGCCAGCGAUUCUGGGCUUUUCAGCCUGGGUCUGCGCAAUGGUGAGUUGCGCACAGCUCGAGCGUUAGGUGACAGAUAUGCAACUCGCCAGCGCUUGGUGGUCGCUGUGCGCGACGGUGGACAACCGCCCCUCUCCGCUACAGCCACGCUGCACCUGAUCUUCGCAGAUAGCCUGCAAGAGGUCCUCCCAGACCUCAGCGAUGACCCUUUACCCUCUGACCCUCAGACCGAGUUGCAGUUUUACCUGGUUGUGGCCUUGGCCUUGGUUUCUGUACUCUUCCUUCUGGCGGUGAUCUUGGCCAUCGCCUUGCGCCUUCGACACUCUCCUAGCCCAGCUGCCUGGGGCUGCUUUCAACCUGGUCUCAGUUCUAAGUCUGCACCUGGGGUUCUCCCCAAUUACAACGAGGGAACAUUGCCUUAUUCCUACAAUGUGUGCGUUGCCUCACAAUCGGCUAAGACAGAGUUUAAUUUUCUCAACGUGUCACCGGAAGUGGCUUGUCCCCAGGACCUCGUCUGUGAAGAUGCUUCUUGGGCACCAACCACAACUCUUGGAGACACUAGUGUCCUCUUUGCCUCCAAUACUAUUUUAAAGGUGAGCUUUAAUUUUUUUUCCCACUUGAAAUCUCAGCGUUUCUUAACUAACCACUUUCCUUCCUCUUAG